UAAUUUUUAUCAAACGUUUAAUGGCAUCGGAAGACAAUAGACUGCUUUACUCUUAAAAUAUAGUUAAAGGUUUUUAAUUACGUCGGAAAUGUUAACAAAAACAUUUGUAGUUUUCUGCAUUCUGUUGCCAAUCAUUGGAACUAUAAAUGGAUUUAUUGUGGAUAAAAAAUUAAACGAAACUCCUUGCAAACGUAUUCCACCUCGUGAUAAAGGUAACGAUACAUUCUCGCCUUACAUUUUGAAUGGACAACCGGCUGAUAUCAGGAAUUAUCCGUUCAAAUUAUCUUUACACAUAUUCGAAAGAUUUGAAUGCAGCGCAAGUGUAAUUUCUCCCAUAUGGAGUCUAACAGCAGGACAUUGUGUCGAGUCACGAAUUUCACCGGAAUAUAUAACGCUCAUUGGUGGUACUUCAAAUCGAGCUGUAGGAGGAUAUCUGUUUAAUGUUGAAGAAUAUCACAUUCAUCCAGACUAUAAUCCACUUACACUUGAUUGUGAUGCAGCGGUUAUGAGAAUUCGUGGAGCUUUUUGGGGUGUCCCUAAUAUUAGACCAGUUAUUCUAGCCAAUGAAGCAUGUCGAACUAAUGCUGGUUCCAUUGUGAAGCUUGCUGGAUGGGGCCUGAAUGAAGUUGGAUACUAUCCCAAUGACUUGUUCGAAAUUCAUCAAGAAAUUAUUGACAAUGAUUCUUGUUAUUUGAAUUGGGGUGGUGAUAUCACGGAUAGAAUGCUUUGUGCAGCAGUGGAAAAUGAGGUUGACAGUUGCAGUGGUAAGCUAUACCAGCUGUUUAUCAAAUUCGGGUGUCUUCAAGUCGGUAUAAUUUCUUUUGGUAGCAACAUUUGCGGAUAUCCGAUUCCAAGCGUUUUUACUCGUGUUGAAAAUCCUUUAAUUCGGGGAUUUAUCAGAUAUUACGCUCGAGUUUAACAUUUUGUGAAUUAUUAAAUUUCGGGUAACACAAAGCUUUGUAAUUGGGUUUGCAACUAGCAAUAAUAAGCUUUUGCAAACUCUGAAUUUAAACUUCAUUCUUAAAGCGAUGUGUUUCUCGAUAAUUUCAAACAAAACAUUUUUUCCUGUUCUUUAAAAUAAAGUUUUUGAAAAGUAAGGAUUGCAUGGAGCUCGACGAUGUUUUGAAUACAUUAAUUUAAAAACAUUCGAUAGUUUUGAUUGCAAAUUUAUAACUUUUAAAUUUUUCAAUAAUAAUUUCAAUGAUGCA